AUGAAGCUGUUGAUCAUCGCAGCUGCCUCUCUGGCAGUGGUGAGCUGUGCCAGCCUCUCUCUGGAGGACCUGGAGUUCCACGCAUGGAAACUCAAGUUUGAUAAAUCAUAUAGCUCACCUCAGGAGGAGACCCAUCGUAAAAAUAUCUGGCUCUCCAAGCGACGUUUGGUCCUGACCCACAACAUCCUGGCUGAUCAGGGCACCAAGAACUACCGCAUGGGCAUGAAUCAGUUCUCUGACAUGGACAGUGAGGAAUUCCAUCAGAAUGUCCUCCUCAGAAACAUGAUCCCCUCCAAUGAGACCAGAACCCUGCCCCACAGAGGCACAUUCACCUCCACACCUAAAGGGGGCGCUGUUAAGCUGGCUGCCUCUGUGAACUGGAAGGAUAAAGGCUGUGUGACUCCUGUCAAAAACCAGGGGCAGUGUGGAUCCUGCUGGGCCUUCAGCACGACAGGUGCGCUGGAGUCCCACUACUGCAUUAAAUAUGGCUACCUGCCCUCUCUGAGUGAGCAGCAGCUGGUGGACUGCACUGGGUCCUAUGGAGACCAGGGCUGCAGUGGAGGCUGGAUGAACCCAGCAUUUCAAUACAUCAGCAAUAAUGGAGGCCUCGACACAGAGGACUAUUACCCCUACGAGGCAAAGAAUGGCUUCUGCCGCUUCAAUCCCUCUGGCGUGGGAGCCACCUGCAGUGGGUAUGCUGACGUAAUGCCCAAAGGUGAUGAAUCUGCACUAGAGUGGCAUGUGGCCAACGUGGGACCUGUGUCCGUGGCUGUGGACGCAGAACACUUCCAGAACUACGGAUCUGGUGUCUUCUACGACUCCUACUGCAGCAGCAGUAAUGUGAACCACGCUGUGCUGGUGGUGGGUUAUGGAACUGAGGGAGGUCAAGACUACUGGCUGGUGAAGAACAGCUGGGGAACGUAUUGGGGAGAGCAAGGCUACAUCAAGAUGUCCAGGAAUCGGGGCAACCAGUGUGGCAUCGCGUCUUACGCCUCUUACCCCACAGUGUGACGAGUUCAAGAUGGUCUCAAUAAGAUGACAUACCUCAAUGAUGACUACAGUUUUUUUUCAACCAUGCUUCAAAUUUAACAUAUUUUGCCUCAACAACACGUGAUUCAGCCUUGGACAAGAGAAAUCUAAACAGAGUGUGGUCACUACAACAACCAUAUUUAUCUCAUUCCUUUAAUAAUGUUUUCUGAAAAAGAUGUCUUCAGGGAAAUGUGUGAGGUUUUCUCAUGAAUUAAUUCUCAUGCCAUUUGAACAUUAUUGGAGUUGAAUAUGUGAUCUGUAAACUAUUUGCAGUCUAAUUUCAAUAGCUGACAUUUUUGUAAAUUAAAGCUGAUUAUAUUUCA